UACUUAAAUUGCCUGCACAGACAAAGCUUUUCGGAUCGUGACAGUUUGACCCUGGAACAGAUUGUUAAUUUUUUUUCCUCCAAUGGAGGGGGGGGGAGGAAAUUGUUUCUCUUUCACCUCAGAGUCGCGGGACCCCGAGAAUUGGAUGUAGGGAUGGGAAUUCGCAGCAACGCAGAUGAACUGUUUGAACAAGUUCAAAAGCGAUAUGAGAGAUGAUUUGUUUUGACACGUCUAAGUACGGUCACUAUUUACUAUUUGUGUGCGCGUGAGCGUGUGCGCAUGCGUGCGUUUGAGCCACGUUACUUUGAUUGACAUCCGACGCCGGCCCGCCCCCACUCCUCGCGCCGCCCGGAGAGGUUGCGCUCCCAUUGGCCAGAAACGGUGCAGCUCAACCCGGGCGUCGGGCGAGGCGAUUGGUCCGAGACGCGCUCCUCCCUCGCGCUCCCCCACGUGGAGAGCCGCCUCCGAUUGGCCGGAGAGGCUCCGCGGUGGGCCGUCCUCCAGUUUCGGUUGGCUUGGAGCGUGAAACCGCGUGAGAAAAGUUGCCAUUGAACGGGGGGGGAACUGCAAGCCGGACGGCGCAAGACUUCUCCGGCCAACCGCCGCCGCUUUGGAAGUAGUUGUUACCCAAAACCAACGUCGUAUUUCUUUUUGUUAUUAUUAUUAUUUGUUUACCAUCCGCUGCGAUGCGUCCGUCUUGAGCAAACGGGAGGUAACUAUAUCAAAAUUCACGAUUUGGCGGACGGUUCGAGUGAGUUAAGUGGAGGCUCUUCAGAGCAAUUAAGUCGGCGAGGAUUUUGUUACCGACGGAUACUUUUCCCCCCCACCGACCCGACCCGACCCUUCUUUCACUCGGAAUACACCGGAGCUAACCUCACAACAACAACAACAAAAAAGCCAGAAAACCCCUUUUUCACCUGGUUCUAACGAGCCGCCUCCCCCGGUGAAUUUUUCUGCCUCAUUUGCUGGAGGAUAAGGAAGGGGGGAAGAGAAGCGUGUUAAAAAGGCUCGCUCGGCUCCCGAAGUGUCGCUCCUCGUGCGGGAAGGACGACGGAUGGCUUGGUGAACCGGCGAACCACCUCGGAAGCACCGACCUCAUCCCCCCCCCCCCCCCAACCGAGAUUGGUGCCUCUCGAGGGGGGUGGGGGGCAUCGUGACGGAAGCGGGAGGACACCCCGUCCCCUCGUCCGGAGAUAACAAUGUUCCCCCAGGGGCGACACCCGACUCCCCACCAGGCUCCGGGUCAGCCCUUUAAAUUCACCAUCCCAGAAUCCCUGGACCGCAUCAAGGAGGAAUUCCAGUUCUUGCAGGCCCAAUACCACAGUCUUAAACUGGAGUGUGAGAAGCUGGCCGGUGAAAAGACGGAGAUGCAGAGACACUAUGUCAUGUACUACGAGAUGUCUUACGGCCUCAACAUUGAAAUGCACAAACAGACCGAGAUCGCCAAGAGACUCAACACCAUCUGCGCGCAAGUCAUCCCCUUCCUCUCGCAGGAGCAUCAGCAGCAGGUGGUCCAAGCGGUGGAGCGGGCCAAGCAGGUGACCAUGGCCGAGCUCAAUGCCGUCAUUGGGGUACGGGGACUGCCCGGCCUUCCACCUACGCAGCAUCUAUCACACAACCACGGCGGCACCCCAGUGCCCCUUACACCUCACCCCGCCGGCCUGCAUCCCUCUCAGCUCGGUGGUUCUGCCAGCCUGCUGGCACUCUCUGGAGCGCUCGGCGCCGUGCCCCCCCAUCUGGCAGGGAAAGACGCCGGCGAAAAGAAGCCCCACUUGUCCGGGCCUGACUCGCACACCGGAGGACCGGAGCACUUGAGAGAUCGGGAACCUGGCACAAGUAACUCUCUGCUACCCGAAGGCCUCCGCAACUCCGACAAGCGACGGAACGGACCCGACUUUUCAAACGACAGCAAGAAGCGCAAAGUGGAGGACAAGGACUCGAGCCACUACGAUAGCGACGGGGAGAAGAGCGAUGAUAAUUUAGUGGUGGAUGUCUCAAAUGAGGAGCAAGCUUCCCCUCGCGGCACGCCCCUACCGUCCCCAAGAGAGAACGGCUUGGAUAAAGCGCGCCUCCUCAAGAAAGACCCCUGCAGUCCCGCUUCGACCGCGUCGUCUGCCAGCUCCUCCUCCCUCAAAUCCAAAGAGAUGGCAUUGCGAGACAAAGCAGGCACCCCUGGGCUCAAGUCGAGCACGCCCACCCCAAGAGGGGAUUCCACCCCGGGGCCGAGCUCCACACCUGGUGUCCGGCCAAGCCUGUCAAAACCGCCCUCCAUGGAGAUCCCACAUCCACCUCCUGCAGGCCUCAGGACUCCUCUGGCGGUCCCCGGCCCGUACCCGGGCGCAUUUAGCAUGUUGCCCCACGCCGCGGGGAUGAACGGUGACCUGGCCGGGGCGGCCAGCGCCGCUGCCUACGCCGCCGGGUUGCACAACAUUUCGCCUCAGAUGAGCGCCGCCGCCGCCGCCGCUGCAGUUGCCGCGUAUGGCCGCUCGCCGAUGGUCGGCUUUGAUCCGCACCCUCACAUGCGGGUUCCUGGAAUGCCUCCCAGUCUGACAGGAAUUCCUGGUGGCAAGCCCGCCUACUCCUUCCACGUUGCGGCCGACGGACAAAUGCAGCCAGUGCCGUUCCCCCCCGACGCCCUGGUGGGCCCAGGUAUCCCUCGCCACGCCCGCCAGAUCAACACACUCAACCACGGGGAGGUGGUGUGCGCCGUCACCAUCAGUAAUCCCACGCGGCACGUCUACACGGGCGGGAAGGGCUGCGUCAAGGUGUGGGACAUCAGUCACCCCGGCAACAAGAGUCCCGUCUCACAACUCGACUGUUUGAACCGGGAUAACUAUAUCCGCUCCUGCCGGCUCCUCCCCGACGGCCGCACUCUGAUCGUGGGCGGCGAGGCCAGCACGCUGUCCAUCUGGGACCUGGCCACGCCUACGCCCAGGAUCAAGGCCGAGCUGACGUCGUCGGCGCCGGCGUGCUACGCUCUGGCCAUCAGCCCGGACUCCAAGGUGUGCUUCUCGUGCUGCAGUGACGGCAACAUCGCCGUGUGGGACUUGCACAACCAGACGCUGGUUAGGCAGUUCCAGGGCCACACAGACGGAGCCAGCUGUAUUGACAUCUCCAACGAUGGCACCAAGCUGUGGACCGGAGGGCUGGAUAACACGGUCCGGUCGUGGGAUCUGCGAGAGGGACGUCAACUGCAGCAGCAUGACUUCACUUCGCAGAUUUUCUCUCUCGGCUACUGUCCGACGGGAGAGUGGCUGGCCGUGGGGAUGGAGAGCAGCAACGUGGAGGUCCUUCACGUGACCAAGCCGGACAAAUACCAGCUGCAUCUUCAUGAGAGCUGCGUGCUCUCCCUGCAGUUCGCCUAUUGCGGUAAAUGGUUCGUGAGCACUGGGAAGGACAACUUGCUAAACGCAUGGAGAACUCCGUACGGCGCCAGCAUUUUCCAGUCUAAAGAAUCCUCCUCGGUGCUUAGCUGUGACAUUUCUGCGGACGACAAGUACAUCGUCACCGGGUCCGGGGACAAGAAGGCCACUGUCUAUGAGGUCAUCUACUAAAGCUGCGAUGAAAGUCCCCGUCUGUACCGCUGACAAAAUGAUCACAACGGCCAUUUUUAGAGCUUGAAAUCGUGCACACUCCCUUGCUUUGUUGCCACUGGGACCACGAGAGGGACAGAAAUGUUUGACAGACCGAGCCAGAAGUUACCGGGAAGUUGCAACACUGGCUUUUUUUUUUUUUUUUUUUUUUUUUUUUUUUCUCCCCCCUCUGGAUCACCUCACGGUCGACCGGAGCUUGGAUUUUUACUAAAACAGAGUAAAUGCUAAAAAGCCAACGAGCAUCACUGGACUUGGUCUACAGACGACAGAGGAGACAAAAUGGUGGAGCCGGAGAAUCUCAGAGGCGUGGAGUGUUGCGCUCGGAGCCUGUUGCCUCUUUGCCCUCUGAACCUGAGCUCCCCACACGGAGACGCCUACGCUGUCUCAUUGCGGCCUCUGCUGUCCUUACAGCGAUUCCGCCUACACACAAACACGCAAACGCACGCAUGCCGUAUAACAUCAGCGGAUACAUUCCUGCCAUCAAUUUUUAUCCUGAGGCACACACACAGCAUUUUCCAAUCUCAGAGCAGGGUGUGGAACCUUUUUUCCACUUUCUAUAAAGUCCUCCAAGGGACAUAUAUAUAUAUAUACACACACUAAAUAUGAAAAGUUCUAAUGGAACAAAUGUAUAUAAUGAGCAGCACCAGUAAGCACGUCCGCCUCACGGCCGAGAGCUUCCCUCGUGGAGUUUCUCCAUGUGCUUCCUCGCAUAUUCCUCAAACGUGCAUGUUAAGUUUAAUGGAAGACUCCAGAACUGCCCGUAGGCGUGAAUGGCGACCAGUCCAGGGCGUGAAUGGCGACCAGUCCAGGGCGUGGCCGCCAUCGCUGAAUGUGUGGAUUGGUGUUUGGCCCGUUUCAAAAGGUUCCCUUCUACAUAUUUGAUACUAAAUUGACGAUUUAAAACACAGCAAAAAUAAAUGUCCAUAACAGACAUUUUUUUUAUAUAUAUAUAUAUAUAUACAUACAGGACCUCAUUUAAACCCUUCUUAAAAUUAUUUUUACGAGGGGCGACCAUCCAAAAACUUAAUUUGUAGAAAAUAAAUGACAGGAUGAAACAGUCUUAAUAUUCUGAGCAAGUCUCCAUUAACUAACAAGUCUUAACAAUCAGUGCUUGAUUGAUUAUUUUGACCAUCGCUAGUCUGGAAGAACAAGAAUCGACCGGCAUUCCCGUAAAAAGAUUCAACAAGCAUCCUCCUUGCUCAUAUUUGUGCUUCGUUUAAGUCACAAUAAUUUGACUGUGCUCGUUUGUUUGUUUUGUUUUUUGUUUUUUUUUUUUUCUGUUUUUGUCCAUUGAAUGUUUGUAAAAAUGUAUAUAUAUAUGUUUGUUUUGUUUUUGGUUUCUUACGGGAUGUUUAGAAAUAGGUUUUGUACAUCUUUUACAUGAAUGAGAAACGUGGACGAAGAACUAAAUGGUCUUAACAGCUAAUUUGAAAUGUUUAGAUAAUAAAUGGUGUUGUUUUUUUGUAACUGCGGUGGUAUUUGUGGAAUUUGUUGACACCA